AUGUCUACUCUGGAAAACCUCACAGAAAGCUUUAACCGCAUCAAUUUUGAUGCCUCUCCUCAUCAAGCAUGGCUCAAUGGCCGUUAUCAGAGAACAAGCAACCGGAAUCUGCGCAUCAUGCCAAGCGAUGAUGAAGACGAGGAUGAGGACGAAGACGAAGCCAUCUAUUCUUCUGAAGACAGUGGUCGACAGAGCCUCAGCAAGAUGAACAACCCAAAAAAAUUGACCAAGCAAAAGGUGGUUGUGACAAAGCCCAAGUCUGCCAUUCCAUUACCCAGUGAUGAGGAAGAUAAUACAGAUCAAGAGGAGGAAGAGAAUGACGAGGAUGACGAUGAGCUGCUGCCUAUCCAUCAGUCGAUGCCAAGACCAAUGCAUGGUGGUUUGCCCUAUAGAAUCAAUCGAUCUGCGCCAACUUUACCACAACAAUUUGAACCACAUCCAAUCCAGCAUUUAUUCAUGCAUCAUUCCGACGGCAGUACCAAUAGCAAUCAUAGUUCCUCCAUAGCUACCAAGCCGCAAAAUCAACGUUCCGUCUCUACAGAUGAUUUAGCCAAAUUCCUCAAGGAUGGUCAACAGCAAAGUGGUGGACAGCAAGAGGGAGGCGAAGCUGAUGAUGAGGACAAUGAAGUACUUGGCCAACAUUUGAGAUACGCUUCCAACAGUCUAGAUGUGCCCCCUACACUACAUCAUUUGCAUCAAUAUCAACAGUAUCAUCAACAGCAACAGUUGGCUCAGUUUCAGUAUCUCCAACAGCAGCAGCAGCAGCAACAUGUAGCUAAUACAUCUAUGCAGCCUAGAAACCUAAAACAGCAGCAGCAGCAGCAGCAGCAGCAAUCACAACAACAACGCAUGACGACCAUGUCAGGCAUGGAUCUGCUGAUUCAAAGAGAACAAGAGAGAGCCGAGGCUAAACGCCAAAAGCCAAAGAUGAAUCCUGGAAAAGUCAAAAUUGAAGGGUUGUUGGGUAAAUUGCCUGAGCCAGGUACACACAACAUUAAUUUUCAACAAAUCCAGCAACAACAACAACAGCAGCAGCAGCAGCAGUUACAACAACAAAUGCAUCAGCAACACUAUAUGAACUCACCUGUGCCUACAAUGAAUGGUAGCAAAAAGUAUAGCCAUGCUAAUAGACAAGUGUAUUAUCAACAACAACCUCAGCCUCAACCUUAUGGCUACGUUCCUAAUCCUCCCUCCAUGUACGACUAUUACAGCAACGGUAGAUCUUCUGUACCACCCAUGAACCACAGCAUGUAUUCUGCUCAACCGUCCUUCUACCAAUUACCCAAUUAUACCAGUAGCGGCAACUUGUAUACCACCAUGAUGGCUCCGCCAGGAUCGCAAUCUUUACCGCAGACGAACCGACCUGGAAGUGCCAUGUCAUCUUACCCCAACAACAACCAAAAGCAACAACCUCGAUCCACGACGCCCGUUUCACUCUCACCACAACACUAUCAACAACACUAA